UGAGAACACCUAAACAAAGAACCCCUCGUAUACAAAGUCCAUUGACACUCAAGCUACUAGCCAACUCAACAAUGGCAUCCAAACUUUCCCAAUCUUUCUUAGUUACACGGCAAGCCCCGGAGCUCAUCGUUCCCUCAGAGCCGACACCCCACGAAGUGAAGAAACUUUCAGAUAUAGACGACCAACAAGGGUUAAGGUUUCAGAUGCCGGUGAUAUUCGUCUACAGGAAUAAUCAUUCGCCUGCAAUGGAAGUGAAAGAUCCGGUGAAGGUCAUCAGAGAAGCGUUAAGUAAAGCGCUAGUGUUCUAUUAUCCUUUGGCUGGAAGGCUGAGGGAAGGGGACAAUCGGAAGCUUAUGGUGGAUUGCAACGGCCAAGGGGUUUUGUUCAUUGAGGCUGAUGCCAAAUUCUCACUUGAUGAACUUGAUAAUGAAAUCCAUUCGCCCUUUUCACGCUUGGAUGAGCUUCUGUAUAACGUUCCAGGCUCCGAUGGCAUCCUUGGAUGUCCACUGUUGCUUAUUCAAGUGACUCGCCUGCUCUGCGGUGGAUUCAUUUUUGCACUGCGUUUAAACCACACAAUGACCGAUGCAUACGGCUUAGUCCAAUUCCUAAACGCCAUGAAAGAGAUGGCUCAAGGAAAACAAACACCCUCAAUAACUCCAGUAUGGCAGCGCCACAUCUUGAGCGCCAGAAACCCACCACGCAUAACACAUAUCCACCAUGAAUACGAACAGCUCGACGACUCCAACGACACCCUCAACACCACAAAUCCCAACGACCUCGACCACAAAUCCUUCUUCUUCAGCUUCGAAGAGAUCUCAGCCCUCCGCAACCACCUCCCUCCCAGUCUCAAAAACAGUUCAACAUUCGAAAUUAUAAUAGCCUUUGUAUGGAAAUGUCGGGCGACUGCUCUUCAGCUGAAUCCCGAUCAGACUGUUCGGUUUUCUUGCCCAGCGAGUAUCCGAGGCAAGAACAAUGGCAUUCAGCUUCCUAAGGGCUAUUACGGGAAUACCAUUGGAAUCCCGGCAGCGUGUGCGAAGGCGGGGAGUUUGUGCGGGAGUGGGCUGGGGUAUGCGGUGGAGUUGGUGAAGAGGGCGAAGGCGGAGAUGAGUGGAGAGUAUUUGAAAUCAGUGGCGGAUUUGAUGGUGUUGAAGGGACGACCAAGGUACACGAAUGUGGAGAAUUUUAUAGUGUCCAAUGUUACGAAAUCGGGGCUUGCAGAGAUUGACUUUGGGUGGGGGAAUCCAGUGUUUGGUGGGCCGGCGGGAGCUACGUCGAUGUUUAGUUUCUGUAUGAAGAUUAAAAGGAGGGAUGGGAAGAAUGGGGUUCUGAUUCCGAUAUGCUUGCCAAAAUGGAAUAUGGUGAGGUUUGAGGGAGAGUUGAAGAAGAUGAUAGCUCAGGGAGCCUCAUUAGCAUCUAAGCUCUAAGGGGUUUACUUAAUUAAAGAAUUAUAUCCUGUUAUCAAGGCAACAAAAAAUAAUAUAUAUUAUAUUGUGUGCUAAAUUUUGUCAAGAAAGUUGGUGAUAUCUAUAAAUGUUAUUUAUUUAUUGUAUUUAAUAAAUUCAUUGGUAGUUAAUAUUAUAAAUUAACAUAUGAAUGAUGAGAUAUUAUAAGCAAAUGUAAUUAACUCAUUUGCAUUAUUUUUACAUAUAUCAAAAUCAAUGUUUAUCAAA